AUAUCCCUAUGUCUAUCCAGUGCAGCACUGUUGGCUGUACAAGUUAUUCCAUUCCUAGAGAGUUUCACACACUGCGUUAGUAGAAAAACUCUCAAAGAAUGUCAGUGUUAUGUUAUUGAGAAUCACACGCCGCAUCAGAAUUCGUCGUCAAGUAUUCUAGACGCUGGAGGAAGUGAACAAGUGACAUUUCAUGGCACGUUGCAGUGUUCGUUGAUCUCCACGGCAUACUAGAUAUCACCUACACCAGUGUGUUGUCUACGCUAUAGGCACGCUAUCAUCUUUAAUGGCUAUGGUAUUUACUAUAUUGCUGCUCUGCAGUGAACACCAAGCUACAAAACACUAUGUACAUCAUGAAAUAGACGCAUUAUCUGACGAUCCAAGUGUUACGAGUUCAGCUAUUGGGAGAACGUUCAGUCGGAGAAUUCUUAUACCUGGAAAUCAUUCCUACACUUUGGGUCGGCGACAAGGACAUAAUUUUUUGCGACCUCCAUAUGCUAGCUACUUACGUGAACGCGACAAUACGUGUCUUCUCAGUAGUGAUAUUGAACAUGAAAAUCACAGCAAUGUGUUGCCGCAGUAUGAAUCAGUUGUUAUGACAACUAUGCAGAGGUCAAAUGGAAGGUCAGAGGCCAGUGGGUCAAACGAGACAAGUAGAAGAGAAAAUAUUUCAAUGGCGCAACCACAAUUGACACAAAAUAGCACAAGUGUAGAAUCCGAGGAAACGACGACACUGAACAGGGAGUCUCGAACACGUUCUGCAGUCACAAGGCCACAUUCUCAAGUAUUCGAAAGACGUGUUCAUCCAAUACAAAACGACAAUGCAGAUCGAGUUAACUUUAGCACCCUAGUUGGACUUCAACAGCCACGAAAUGAAAGACGGAAUGUACGGAGAAGUGCAAGUAAUUCAGUAGUUGAUGAUGUGCGAAGACAGAGAAGACCUCGUAGUAGGAAUCGUAUUAGUGAACCAAAUCCCCUGCAAGAAAGAUUUGUGCCAGCCUACGAUGGGAGCAUGUUACCCGUGUAUACAGUUCCUGGUAGUGAUGAAGUUUUCGUCAAUAUGCGUGAUAUUUAUGCAUUUCAGAUGCCGCUUUCGUAUCCAUAUGAACCAACACCCUCAUAUCCAAUAACAGCUCCUAGUUAUGUUGAGGAACCCCCACCGUAUUCACCGACAGAAGAUACCACAGGGGGGCUGUGGUCAACACAGACAUUUCCAGGUUAUCAUGGCAACCGCUGUGGACGUAAUUCAUCAACAAAUAGUGCAUUCCCAUUAUUGGAUGGUUUACAAUGUGCCACUCUUAGAACCAACCAAUCAGAGAAUGCGACAGAAACAGUCAGACUAAAUAACCUAUCACGAACUCCUAGACACAUUGCAUGUCCACGGCAACCAAUUACAAGAAAUAUUGUAGAUCAGAGUAGCCCUACAACACGACGAGACAGUGCAGAGUUGUUAGAACAGCGGAAUAAUGCUACAGAGAACACUGAAAGCAAUG